CAGCUCUGUCGGACAAUCUCCCACGACUUCAUCCACCCCUCACCAGACCUCCACUUGGGCUUACUGAGAUUAUAAAAGGAGACGAGCAGUAAGGUAUUUUUUCUCUUGUGUGCUUCAAUCCCUGCUUUGUUUAAAGGCACAUUGGCUACCCUCGACAUUGCUACCUCACAGCUCCAUCGACAGCAAUAACAAUAACAAUAAAAAUGCCUUCAACCUCCCCUCACCAUCGCUAUCUUCAAGAAUGUCUCUCUCUGGCAGAGAAGUCACCUCCACGCCCUACCAAUUUCCGAGUCGGCGCCAUCCUUCUCUCACGCAGAGAUGACGACCCCGCAUGGACCUACGAUCGCAUUCUCUCAACAGGCUAUACCAUGGAGCUUGCCGGCAACACACACGCCGAGCAGUGCUGUCUCUCCAACUAUGCCUCCGUCCACUCCGUCGCAGACGAGAAUGUGGCUACCGUAUUGCCCUCCGAGCCAGGCCGGAAACUGAUCAUGUACGUGACGAUGGAACCAUGCGGGCAGCGACUCUCUGGGAAUGCGCCCUGCGCGAAGCGACUUGCCGGCACUUGUGAAGGCGGCCGCAGUGGAAUCUCCAAGGUAUAUUUUGGUGUGAAGGAGCCGGGGACUUUUGUCAAGGAGUCAGAGGGGUGUAGAAUGUUGACCGAGGCCGGGAUUGAAUGGGAGCAUGUGGGUGGCUUGGAGCGAGAGAUCUUGACUGUCGCCGUUGCAGGACACGAGAACAAGGAAGAAGAGAUCAAGGCUGCUUUGGAUUCGGGGACGAAUAUCGAUGAUAUCAGUCCAGAGGAGAGGCAGAGACAGGACCAGCUGCCUCGGAACCCAAAGAAGAGGAUGAUGGAAGGUGAGACUAUCAUUCAAUGAUCUUGGAUGAUUCAGAGUUAUAGACAAAAGAAUAAUGAAGGUGCAAUGAUUGAUUCUUUGGCUGGGACGAUUGAGUGCCGUUGAGUAUGUAGCAAUAAAUUUACACUCAGACAAAUCCUUUAUAUUAAAACGCGAUGAACUUGAUGCUGUCUUCUACUCAAGAUACUAUUAUCAAGAGAAUAACCCACCGCAAAAGCAUCAAAGCAAUUCCCAAUCCAAACACCAGCGGAUUGCCUCGCGUU